AUGACAGUCCCGCAACGGAUCAUCAUAAUCGCAUCAUCCGUCGUCCUCAUCCUGAUCAUCGCCCUCUCGCUCGCGACCGCCAUCGAAGUCCGCGCACCCCCAGACAAGAUCAUCCAAGUAACAGUCGCGCAAGCAGCUAAGGUUGGAGAAUCUGAGAGGCUCCUGUCCGGAAAGGCACGCCUCAACGGAAGCGAUUUCGACCGCGUCGAUGUGUAUAAUGGAACGUCUAUAAUACCAGGCACUUCAUUGCCACCAGUAUCAACAACCUUUGGAAUUGAAGAAGGCAUGCUAGGAGCGACUCCGACUCCUCGAACCAGUGCAAGUUGGGACGCAGAAGGCGCAAUCGGCCCCAUCGCGACGCCCUCGCCCUCGCGUAAACCGGCGCGACCACCGCGACCACCACCAACACCGCAACUCCCCAUCGUCGCACUGUCUUACUCUGGCUCUGGUGGUCCAAAACACUGUCGCGGCAACGUUGUGCAGCAGAUGCGCUUCCCGCGCCCGCUCGAACAAUGGAAGAACGGGACUUGCGUUAAUCUACCGAGUGAGGCGCGUUGCGGCGUCUUCGUGUCUAGCAAGGGCGACAAUUGCGAAGCACAGCUAUUCAACAUGCCAGACUGCCUCAACACCACGAAGACAUUUGUCAACACUGUUGUGUUUAUGCCCGAAGAAAGGCCUGUGGGCGCACUGUGGAGUAGCAUGUAUGUCAAGUGCGGUGUUGAGGUGCCUGAGGCGAAGAUGCUGGACCCGGGGUUGUUAGGAGAUGCGCUGAAGCCGAAGCCGAAACCUGGAGGUGGAUGA